AAAUUAAAAAGAUGUUGAGUGGCAAAAUAUAUGACUACAUCAAGGAGUACAUCUCGGACUACCUCUUUGGAUUCGACCGGUCCCAGAUCGACACCUCUUUGCUCAGCGGAAAGAUGAAGAUUAAGAGAGUGAAUAUUAAGCCAGAGAAGAUUAAUCAGAUGAUUGAGAAUUUUCUACUUCCUGUCCAACUCAAAGCAGGAAUAAUAAACUUUUUAGAGCUGAAGAUAGGUAAGAUUAGCAUGGACAUGUGGAACAUCCCUAUCACUGUGAAUAUUGAUACCCUGCUGUUGAUCUUAGGUCCUUCAACUUCCCAUAUGUCUCAGGAGGACGACUUCGUUCCGAGCCACAAGGGUAAUUACGAUCCUGAUUCUUGUUUUAAUUUCCUUGAUACCAAUCUUAAACUCCAGAGAGGCAAGAUGGAUGAUGAGAAAUAUGAGAAAUUAAAGAAAGAAAAGAGAGAAGAGGUCCUCUCUGCUGCAGAGACCAUGACAGAAAUGAUGAAGAAGCUUAAAAAGCUUAAGUUAAAUAUCAGAAAAGUCCAUAUAAGGUACGAGGAUGAUUACUUUGAAGCAGAGAAUCCUUUCUCUUUUGGAGUCAUAGCUGAUGAGAUUACUCUGGAUACACAAAAAGACUCACAUUCUUACCAUCAUGACGAAGAAGGGGACAUUGUUUCAAAGAUCUUAGAUGCUAAGAAUAUUCGCUCCUACUGGAACUCAAUGAGUGAAACAUUCAUUCCAACAAGUCUAUGGGAGCAGACAAAAGAUUUAGACAACAGAAUUUUCGAAGCUAUUGCGGCUGAUGAUUUAUUUGAAUUGAUGUAUGAGCCAUUUGAGUCUAGGAGUGGAAAGCAGUACUUCUCAAACAAGGAUGAGCUAAUCCUCCCUUUCAACCUUAAGUUCAGUCUUGAUUUCAAAAAUAUUGAGGGAACAAAGAUGUCUAUGAGGAUGGAUCUGAAUAUUGACUCACUGAAAAUUGAGAUUAAUGACAAAGUAAUAGCCGAUCUAAAGAACAUGCUCAAAUUCUGGGAAAAUUUCAAAAUUGCACACAUGAUUAAAUAAGUACGUUCCUCAGAACAGGCCCAUUGUAGAGAGCACUGCUGGAAACUCACAGAGCAUGAGGAGGAAGCGUAAACUUAUCGCAAGAGACUGGUGGCAACUUGUAAUCUGGGCUAACAGAAUGAAGAAAGUUAGAGCUUUACAGUCAGAUCCUAGGUAUUUUGAACACAUCCGGUCUAUGAAAAGGAGUAAAAAUAAGGAAAGCCUUCAGACUUUCCAAGACAUACUCUUUUUAAAAGACUUCACUAACGAACUUCAGGAGGUUCAGAAAGCAAAUGAUGUGGAGAAUAGUAGACUUGAAGUAAUGAAGAUCCUCUGGAAGCAUGUCUCAUACAGUUUCGAUAUUGGCUUUAUCUCAGUAGAUUAUCACGGUGAAAAUAGCAAGAGCUCACAUGGCCAGAUGGUUAAAAAUAAAUAUCCUCUUCUAAGAUUUGAGAUUGAUUCCUUUGUGAUGAAAUAUAAAAUUGACAGGCAAGGCAGGCAAGCCAACAUUUACUUUGAUGAUCUUGAAGUGAAACAGUAUUGUAAAGUAGCUAAAGCAAUACCAAAUGGGAAAAGCACAGCAAGAAUUAGGGACUGAAAUAUUCCAAGGCCUAAUAGGAUGAUUAGAAACCAGUCUUUUCUACCAAAUCAGCCCAAAACUGUGAGGAGAAAAGACCCCAUUGAUAAUACUCUAAGCUGCAUUGAGAGGCAAGAGAGACUCAUGAUGGGCCACCAAAGAGCAACUAUUGAGAGUAGCUUUGAAGAUGACCCAAUUGAUGAGUUUGAUAGUAUUGGUGAAUCUAAAAUAAAUAGCAUCAACAAUACUAUCUUUGCUACUAAAAUGAUAAAUAAAGGGAACAAGAAGUCUUUUAUGCAAUCAAGUGCUUCAUUAUUACAUCCUCCUCGUCAUAUUUCAAAAAGACCUUCAAGCAGCAGUCGAUAUCAUGAUGAACACAUAAUGAUGAGCUCUCGUAGGAAUUCUUUUGCUGAUGAAAAAGAAAUAGAGAGCGGAAUUAGAGAGAAAAUAUUGUUCAGCAUCUCCUCUGAGAACAAUUCAGGUGCUUUCUCUUAUGAAGUCAUGGUCGGCUAUGGAGCUGAUAAAAUCACAAGAUUAGUCCAGAUAGGUCAAGUCAGCAUUAACAUGGACCCACAAGGUCUCAAAAGUACAGCACAAGCCUUUGAAAAUUGCCAGGAUUUGCUACAUAAAGUCAGCGAUAAACCAGAUAUCACAAAUGAUGCUUUCUGGUGGUUAUUUUCAAGAAAAGUUUUACAGAAGCUUAAAAAUGAGGAGAAUAAAGAGAAUAGAGCCAAUAAUACCUCCAAUGAGUUAGCUCGUCAUAAUCAGGAGGUUCAUACCAAGAUGAAGUCACAAGAUAUGUCCAAUCGUUCAGAUCAGUCUAUGCAAAGAGAUUUUGAGAAGAAAAACUUUACUGAACUUUACGAAGUAUUUAUUGAGAAAUUUGAUAAAGAUUUAUUCGGAACAAAUGAUAUUCAGUACCAAAUUAACAUCAAAGGAUGCAAAUUUUUGUACAAAGGGAGACAUCAGUCUUUAAAUUGUGAAGCUCCACCAAUGAACUUAAAUAUCACUCAUAAUAAAGGAAGCUUGACUCACAUUUCAUUCUUGGGAUUUAAAUUGACAACAGAUAUGACGGUCAGGCCGAUAGUCAACAUUUUAAAGACCUUCAUCCAAGUCGAUUCAAGACAAGAGAAAUUACAAGAAUCCGGAGCUCAAACUAAGGUCUGCCAGAGCCUUGAGAAGGCGAGGAAAGACCCAAAGAAUAUCCUUCUUCAGAAACCUAAAAAGCAAAAGGAGGAAUAUAGAGGUCACUCUAAAUGUCGAAAUCAGAAAUUGAAUAAAUUUGAAGGCGAUAAUGAUGAGACCAUGGUUAUUGACGAGAGCAUUCACAAUACUACACCACUUAUUGGUACUUCAAAGCCAUCUGCUAAGAAAGAGGAGGCUGAACCAGUGGCUCCUAAUCUAAUAAUCACACCAAAGAGCACCCAAAAGAUGGGCCACGGAAGGAUCAAUAGAUAUUACUUCAAUAAAGCUCCAAACUCAGGACAGUCCAAGAAAUUUCAUAAGGAGAAAAUAAAAACAGAUUCUUCUAGGGAUAUGAGAACUGAUACUAAGGCCGGCAAAAUUCCUCAUAAUUUCAAUAGCAACUUCGGCUCGAAGUUUUCUCAAAGAAAACAAAACACCGAGAUGAAAAAGGCCUAUGUUGACGUCCUUGAAGAUAUCGAUAGAAGGAACAGACUCGAUGACGAAAUAAGCUCUAUAUCUACCCGCUCAGAGCUGAUGAAUGGAGCCAAGAGGUUCAAUAAACCAAACCUAGGCAUUAAUGUGAAUAUCAGUAGUCAGAGACAAAUAGCUGCUCAGCGGAGAACUCCUCAGAACUCUUACCCUGACAGACCAAUAGAGACUGCCGGAGAGCGGAAGACAUCCGGGUUCUUAGAUGCCUACAAGAGGAGAGCGGGCAGAACUAAUGGAGGGAGACUUCAGCCUACAAAAACAAGCGAGUAUUAUGAUGUCAAUCCUUCCCAUCCAUAUUAUGAGAAGACAAGGACUCCUAUGAACCAAGGACUGUCUAAGUACAUGUCUUCAGGAAUCUCAAAGGACAUGAACAAGGAUUCGUUUAGUCAUUAUAGUGAGCGCUAAUAUUCAAAAUUUAAAUACGCUAAUUUCAAUCCUGAUUGAUCUUUGUGG